CACCUGCUGAGGGAGACAGAUACCGGAAGUGACGCCAGUGCUUCGGGUCAUCGCUAUUAGCCUUGUAGCGACCGCCAUCUUUGCUGCUCCGGCCAGACACCGGUUUCCGUGCGGGAAGAACAAGGCAGAGCCAUGGGCAAGAUGAAAGGAGUGGCACCUGCCUGAGGAGCUGUGGUGCCUUCAUGGAACCUUGCCUCACGCCAAGCUGUGCCAUGGGAAUAGUGAGGGAAGCCACGGACAAAGAGGAUGGAAGUGUUAGUCAGACUCCGUGCACAGCGUCUUGCUUGGGAAAACCUCACUGGGAUGGGCAGCAUGAUCCAGCAGUGGAAGGGCUGGCUUCAGCAGAUACAGGUUUAAGCAAGACAGAACUGGCAGCUGCCCCUGCCGUGGGAACCCAUCUUCAAGAAGAGUGGCCAGAGCAGCAGAGCUCUUGCUGCAAGAGAAGACAACUGGGAGACAUGGAAGGAGAGCUGCUUCCUAAGCAGCUGAGGGGACAAGAAGGAGAGAUGGGUCAUGUGGAAACUCUCGCAGAUGAACAACACCCUUCCCCAGCGCCAGUCUCUGCUCUUUCAAAAGAGGUUCCAUCAACUAUCCCUUCCGUAAAGAAGCAUUCCCGUGGGCGGAAACCCCGAAAGAAAGUCUCUGUCCGCAAAGGUUCCAUUCCCAAAGAUCACAGGGGACCAAGCGAAGGCCCUGGGCCGUCUGAGAACGGCUCCUCUCUUCCCGUUAAAGUGCCAAAGAAGCGAGGGCGUAAGUCCAAGGAAGAGCUGCUCUUAUUGAAGCUAUCUCAAGGACUGGAGAGUCAGUCACCUGAGUGCCAGCAGAAGUCUCUAUCCAGCAACGAGAACCUUGAUUCCCUUGAGACCGCACCUGGUGGACGUCCAAAGCGCCGUGCAGCUAAAGCAGCCCUUCUGUAUCUACAGGAACUGGCUGAAGAAUUGACAUCUGCAUACCAGGCUUCUCCUUGCAAUGAAACCUCAGAGGAUACCCCAAGAUCUGAGGACCCCAACAGGAAACGGCGAGGCCGAAAGCAGCAAGAGCAGAGAUUGGAAAAUGAGGAGGAUGUGGACUUUGUCCCCUCAGAAGAAAGUCUGCAUGAGGAGGAAGAAGAGCAGAGUGACCUACUGAUGAAUGAGGCCUUGAAAUCUGAGAGGGAGUCCAGCUCACGCAGAGCAGUGAGGUCCAAAGCUCCGCGCCGAGAAUUCGCUUCCAAUGGCUUGCAUAAUUCCAUUAUGGACCCUAUAUGGAAGUCUCUCUCCAUCACUCACCGCUUGCGUGAGCAGCACCAUUCUCACUGGGAGUUUCCAGAGUGGAUUCCCUCUGCCCAGAAGUGGGUAUUUCUCUCAGACAGUGAAGCUGAGAAAUUCCUUCCUGCUGAGACCAAGUCCCCACUCUUCUCUAUCAAGAGGGAAGGUUUGCAAGAAAACAAUGUCUUCUACCAGAUUAAAAGGUUUAAUGCCUUACAACCCCAUGAGGAGCGCUUAGACACAACUUUCUUUGUUGGGGGUCCUGUCUGGGCCUUGGAGUGGUGCCCAACCCCUGAAGGCUCUGUGGCAUCCCAGUAUUUGGCUAUCUAUUGCAAUCCCAGCAUGAAUGUUCAGCAUACUUUGUCACGGAUCCAUACAGGGCCAGCUCUGCUUCAGCUCUGGGAGCUUGGACCUAUCCAGCAAGACAAAGGGUCUGUUACCAAACCAGGACUUGCAUAUGCAAUUGCCACUGAUCAUGGUUGUAUUUGGGACAUGAAAUUUUGUCCCAGUGGAGCCUGGGAGCCCCCUAUCACUCAGCGCAAGCUCCCUCACAUGAGUCGGCUGGGACUGCUGGCUGUAGCCUUCUCUAAUGGCAAAGUGUUGCUGUACAGCCUUCCCCAUGUCGAAGACCUGAAUGCCUACCGAAGAACACAGGUAACAGGUGGGCCUUCCCCCCGGCAUGUCAUCUGCAAGGUCCAGUAUGUAGCCACUUUGCAGGUAGGCUCCAUUCAAGUUGGGAAUUCCUCUGAAUGUGGGCAGUGCUUCAGCUUGGCAUGGAUGCCAACCAAGCCUCAUGAGCAUCUGGCUGCUGGUUUCUAUGAUGGUACAGUGGCUCUCUGGAACCUGCCCACCAAGUCCCUGUUACAAAGAGUGCGCCAGCCUGAUGGCUCCCUCAAACUGUAUCCAUUCCGCUGCUUCCUGGCCCAUGACCAUGCUGUGCGCAACAUCCAGUGGUGCAAAGCAAACAGCCACUUCAUGGUGACUGCAGGGAAUGACCGUAAGAUCAAAUUUUGGGACUUGCGCCGACUGCACGAACCUAUCAACAGUAUCAAGCGUUUCUUGAGCACAGAGGUUGCUUGGCUGCUACCUUACAGCGGGAUCACAGUUGCACAAGAUAGCUGCUAUGCCUCGUGUGGACUGGGUGGGGUCCACUAUUUGGAUGCUGGCUAUCAUGACUUUCGAACCUAUUUUGUGGUCCCUCGCAAAGGCACUGUAUGGAGUAUCUCUGGAUCUGAUUGGCUGAACACAGUGGCUGCUGGUGAUGUCACAGGGGAAUUGGUGGCUGCAGUGAUGCCUGAUCUUUCAUUCGACCUACAUAACGUCAGGCGGCCAUCAGAACGUCGAUUUUUCAUCUGCAAAGCAGUCUUAAGGCCGAGUGACCCACUUGACAAGAGCACAACAGUGGCAGCAGCCUGUGAGAAGCCACAGGCAAUGGGCAGGACAUGCAAUGAAUCAGUGGCCCAGAAUUUCAUUCUCUUCCAGGACACUGAUCUGAGGACUUUCAAGAACCUCUUCAGGCAGAAGGCUCAGAAAAACACGCCAACAGAAGUAAAAGAGGGAGGUGUCCUGGGCCGAAUGCAGCUAGAAGCUGUAUAUAAGGUGCGCUUCAGCCCGAACCUUGACAGCCACAGUUGGGUAGUGUCAGGGGGUCAGUCUGGCCUUGUGCGACUUCACUGUGUUCGGGCGUUGGUUUCGCCCUGCAGCCACAAGCUUCUGCUUGAGUGUCAGACCCAUUUCAGUUCCAUGUUUGAUGCAGUGAGAUAGAUUGACUGCCCCACAACCAUCCCAUCUGGGGUGCAAAGUGCUGUCAGCUGAGUACCACUCAGGGCAGCUCUAUUUGGGGCAUCAGCAUACAUGGCUGAAGAAUUGAAGGCCUUUUGUGAGAAUCCUGGAGUUGUCAGAAUAUUAUACAGAACGCAGCUAAGCAUGAAAUGCAGGAGGAUGUUGGCCAGAUUGGAACAGAUAAGCUGAAGAGAAUGACAAAGGCGGCACUCAGCCAGACUGGGUGGAAUGUACUGGAGCUUCUAGCAGCACCUAUUGGAGGUCAGCCCAUUGUGGGAGAAGGGGCAGUGAUGAGGAACAGUCCAUCCCCUUGUAUCUCUGCAC